AUGUCUUUCACAACAUGUGGACACCACUGCCAGCGAAUCCCAAUCCCUUGGAGUGGACCACGACUCUACCGAAAUACGCAAUUAGUCGAGUUUUGGCGAACCACAGCGCCUAGCAUUGUUGGUGUUUACGUUUCGAAUGACUUGUUUCUGUGGUCGGAUCAUCAACAGGGCCCGCUGUACGAGGACAAGGGCUAUGACGGAUCAUCCGCUGCCGCUCGACGCCGCCGUUUCAGCCACCAGGCAUCAGGCACAAGGAGCGUACAUUUAUCGAUAGAGCACAUGUUCAUGGGCCGCAAUUUCUCAACACAUCUUGAGUGGAUGCGGAGGAUUUUGCAGCUGAACACAGGGGCCAAGACCGCGGAGCAAACUCUUUUCAAGCGCUUUUAG